GCAUGCGCAGGCUUCGCAGCGGCCUGGACGCUUGCGCAUCGCUUGGGCACACAGCAGUCGCAGGUGCGCGUUGCGUUCGCGUGCAUGCAGUUGUGUGCACACCGUUAGUCGCGCUGUCCCGUUGUUCCAGUUUUUCUGGUAGCGGCCGAACAGACCCUGCGGUCAGAGAUGUCCCAGCAGCCCAUAGAGAUCACUGUCUUACAGACGGUCGCCACGGAUGGCGAAGACGGCUUCCCUCCGGCGGAGGUAGGCGGCGGGAGGCGGGGCCCGGCCCAGAUGCGGCCUGAGGAGGUCCGGGGAGGCCCGGUGGCGGCAGCGGCGGCCCGGAGAGGCCCAGUGGCGAUGGCCAGGGGAGGCCCGUUGGCGGCUGCCAGAGGAGGCCCAGUAGCGACAUCCAGGGGAGGCCCGGCGGCGGCCAGGGGGACCGCGGCGGCAGCGGCCAGGGGCACCUCGGUGGCGGCGGCGGCCAGGGGAGCCCAAGCGGCGGCGCCUAGGGGACCCCCGGCGGCGGCGGCGGCGGCCCGGGAAGCACCGGCAGCGGCGGCGGCCCGCGGGAGACCGGCGGCCCGGGAAGGCCAGAUGGGGGCGGUAUCCAGGGAAGCCCGGAUGGCAGAGGUCGCCCGAUUGUUGGGGGAGCCCCUGGAGGAAGAGGGUCCUGAGAACAGGCCCCGGUCCAGAGCCGGCAACGCCGGGAGCCUGGCUGCGUUGCCGUAUCUCCGCCUCCGUCACCCCCUGAGCGUUUUGGGAAUUAAUUACCAACAGUUCCUCCGCCAAUAUCUGGAAAAUUACCCGAUCGCCCCGGGCAGAAUCCAGGAGCUUGAAGAGCGCCGCAGGCGAUUUGUCGAAGCUUGCAGAGCCAGAGAAGCAGCUUUUGAUGCGGAGUAUAUGCGUAAUCCUCAGCGGGUGGAUUUUGACAUUUUAACAUUUACCAUAGCUCUGACUGCAUCUGAAGUUAUCAAUCCUCUGAUAGAAGAACUUGGUUGUGAUAGGUUUAUCAACAGAGAAUAAAAAAAGUGACGCAGCAACACCAAAACCGCCUCUGCAUUCGUGUCAAAGCAUUCCUGCAACUUGAUUUUGAACAGUCCAGGUGUAUUGGGAAUGAGACAGUACACAUUUGGAGAACAAGGAAGAAUUACCAUGAAAAAGCACCAGAAAAUAUUUAAAAUGUGGAAAGCCUUUGUCAGGUUCCUGGAAUGUUCUUAGACCCUGUGAUGGAUCCAGGUUCUUUCCUCUGCAUUACAGAAAAUGUCUCUUCAACCUGACUUCGUUAAAAAGUAAAGGAGGGCUUUAUGAAACUGAGACUUGAUGAAGAAAACGCGUCAGUAUUAAAGCCCAUGAUAAAGAAAGACAUCAGAUAGUGAUUAUAAGAAUAAGAGUUACAGCUGUUUUUAGCUCUGAAAGACCGUGGGAAGAAUUUGAUGUUGUCGAAAUAUGCCCUUUCUUUUUGUCUCAUAUACAUCAAAAGUUUUUAGUGUCAGGCUAACUUUCUGUUUCCUGCGGCAUGUCAAAUGGCAAGCAAAGUAAAUGUUGUAUAUAUUCCAUGAUAAAGUGUGUCUUCAAAAAUAUCAAA